CGCUGCAGGAGAAUGGAGAGAGAGUCUUUCCAGCUGCGUGUCUCAGUUCAUCGAAGGAUAUGAUCAGAGCGAGAACCGAUAAUCCACUUCCUGUACGGACACACUGUCAGUGAUGGAUUAACACUGUCGGUCACGGCUGGAGCUGCUGUUCCUGGUGGAAUAAAGUCAACGUGGUGAAUAUUUGGUGACGACUUCUCCCGCUCUGUAUGACAAGAUGGGGAACGGAUUAUCGGAUCAUCACUCGCGCUUCCCCCGCCUCCCGUCCUUCCAGGCUCUUCACAUCGUCAUUCUCGGACUGGAUUGUGCGGGGAAGACCACCGUACUGUAUCGCCUACGCUUCAAUGAGUUUGUGAACACUGUCCCGACUAAGGGCUUUAACACAGAGAAGAUCAAGGUGUCGGUGAGAGGUGGCCGGCAGACAGUGUCCUUCCACUUCUGGGAUGUCGGUGGUCAGGAGAAGCUGCGGCCUCUGUGGCGCUCUUACACGCGCUGCGCCGACGGCAUCGUGUUUGUGGUGGACUCGGUGGACACCGAGCGCAUCGAGGAGGCCAAGACAGAGCUGCACAAGAUCACACGACUGGCGGAGAACCAGGGCGUGCCGGUUCUGGUGGUGGCUAACAAACAGGACCUGAGGAACUCGCUCAGUCUGGCUGAGAUGGAGAGCAUGUUGGCUCUUGGCGAGCUCAGCAGCGCCACGCCCUGGCAUCUUCAGCCUUCUUGUGCGAUCAUCGGUGAGGGAUUACAGGAAGGUCUGCAGAAGCUGCACGCCAUGAUCCUGAAGAGGAGAAAGACGCUGCGGCAGCAGAAGAAGAAGAGAUGAUGUACUAAGAGCGGGAACUAUAAAACGUGAGCUGGAUCUACGGCUGCGUGGGAACUGUGUGCUGCACACCGUCCGCUGGUUCAUUGUGUUUGCUGUGAAAGAGGCACAACGACUCCUGUCCAGUUUGAUCAUCCCAGUGGAAGGUCUCAGGUCAGCCAGGGUUUCCCACAGAGGACAGUGGGACUGGUUUUGCUCUGUGGACUUUGGAUGCCAACAUCCCUCUCAAGUCCUUCUGAAGUCAGUGACACUGAAGAGCAGCACCGACGUCUUAAAGAGCGAUGAUGAGCAAACGAUGCUUUCUGUAAUUUGUUAAAAUAUGUGCUGCUUCUCUGUUAAGAAACAAUCAGUCUUUAUAUUUUUAUUCAGUGAAAGUACUGUUUUUACUCAAGUUGAAAUAAAAUGACUUGUGUAAAAAUACGUCCUUACAUACAAUACAUUCCCUCUGUAACGGGCACUUCGCCGCCUGUACAUGCGAAACAUACAACCACCUCCCUAUGACAUCACUAGAAUUACCGCCUCGUGUACGCCUCCACCACUAAAAAGUGUGUUGUGAGGUCACCACGCAGAUAUCGCGUUCACAAGGCCAAAACUGCAUUUUGUGAGGUCACCACGCCCUUGACCUUUGACCAUCAAAAUCUAAUCAGUUCAUCCCAGAGUCCUCGUGAAUGUUUGUGCCAAAUGUGAAGAAGUUCCCUCAAAGGGUUUCUGAGAUAUUGUGUCAACGAGAAUGAGAGGGACGUACAACAUAUAAACAAUAUGGCUGCUGCUCUGACUGUCGCCGGCGCAGAGGAAUAAAAAUACUAAAGACUAAAAUUACUCAUGUAAAAAUACUCCAAAAAUAACGAGAGUAAGUGUAACUUGUUGAUUGCACCUGAAGUGACAGUUUCCAUGUUGCACAAUGGGACUUUAGUCCAGAGGUUUGGGAACAGACUGUAAUUUGGACUCUAUAGAAUUAUUAUUAUUCAUGAAUGAAAAUUGCCUUUUUGAAGUUUAAAGUUAAACUGUGAUAAAACAUUAUGUGGUUGUCUGUUUAGCACUUAGGAGCAAAGGGGAAAGAAAGUGGAUACACCAAAAAUAAAACAGAAUAAACAUGAUUUUAACAUCAGUGGCUCCAUGUGGCUGUAAGAGGAGAGAUUUAUUGGCUGCAGGAAGCUGUGACUUCACCAACAUAGCUCCCUGUAGACGGCUGCUGUGGAUGUGUGGAUCUGGUGAUUGACAGGCCCAUUUGGUCCAGCAGGAAUAGUCUUUGGCUGCGUGUCCAGUCGAGUGUCCGUCCUCAGAUACAUGUUGAGCAGAGCUCAAACGGACACUGACAGAGCGCCGAUUGAUUCUGAAACCGAAGAAGUCAAGUAUUUUUACGCACAGUAAACGGGUGACAUGUUGGAGACUGUUACCAGGUUUCACUGCCGCGCUCGGUGGCAGGGUGUUGAUAUUUAUGUGUUGGUUUACUUGGAAUAAAGUGUUUUGAUUCUUUU